CCACCAUGUCGCAAACCCCCCUCUUCUGAUGUUGAAAUGACAGCCUACGGUCUUCUCGUGUAUUUGGCUCGUAACGAUAUAUCGGCUGGAUCACCUGUUUCAAAAUGGCUGACUAAACAACGAAGUGAACGUGGUGGAUAUUCUUCGACACAGGAUACUGUAGUAGCUCUACAAGCUCUAUCCUCGUAUGCUAGUCAAAUGAACAUGAACAGCGGAGAAGUCACUAUAGCUGUAACAGCAACAGAAGAUCCUUCUUACAAGCAGACCUUUAGCAUCAACAGUGAGAAUGCUCUAAUUUUCCAACAGUUAGAG